AUGGUUGCUGUGGCCACCUCACUCUGCUUUGGCCUCGUGCCUGAGGAGCAGACCUUUGCCCAGAGAUCAUGUCCCGUGGUCUGGAGACUCCCCUCACAAUCUCAUCACAUUCAGCUUCCCCUCACAUGUCACACAAACAGUGAUCUUGUCAGCAGGAGCUGGCCACGUCACACCCUUCCUCUCCUGUGGUCCUCCUGCUUUGUCCCACCAUGUGAGGGGCUUCUGGCUUUUGCUGUGUGUAUCUGGCAUACCAGACCCUUCCUCCUGGUGAGCUUGGAGGCCCUGUGUGCUCAGGCUCCAGCAGCAGCACUGUUCCCAGGAGCACCAGGAGGAGGUAGAGGGAGAGGGAAAAGGCGUUCGCCUGGAGCAGGGUCAUUUGCCAUGGAGGAGAAAGUCACAACAGACCUCUCUCUGAGCUACACGACUUCUAGAUAUGUGGACUACAGAGAAAGUAUCGAAUACAAAUGCUCAAGACUACCUUACGGACUGCUGGUCUUUGCAGGUGUCUGUAUGGGAAUUUCUCUCUGCGGACUUGUGGGGAAUGGGAUAGUCAUGUGGUUCCUGGGCUUCCACAUGAAGCAGAGCCCUUUCAUUGUCUACAUCCUAAAUCUAGCUGUUGCUGACUUCUCUUUGCAUCUCCUCUUUUUUCUGCUCAUGUUGGCAAUUUUGAGCUUAACAGAAAAUUGUUCUUAUUUGUAUGAUUUUAUUUCUUUGUACAGAGAUUUUGUAUUUGUAGUUGAAUUUCUGUGCCAAUUCUUUGACCUUAGCAGCCUGGGUCUCCUGACAGCAAUCAGCGUGGAGCGGUGUAUCUCAGUCUUCUUCCCAACCUGGUACCGCUACCACCACCCAGAGCGCUUGUCAGGUAUUGUAAGUGGGGUGCUCUGGGCUAUCACUGGAUUUUUUGUUUUCUCAAUGUAUCUUAGCUUUAACUUUUCCGAAAGCUACGAGACAGUAUUUGCAGGCGUAGCCAUGGCAAUUUUCAUGCUUUUGUCUUUAGCAAUGCUGAUUUUCAACCUGUCCGUGUUCAUCAAACUGCGAUGUGGUUCACAGAGACGACAUUCAGGGAAACUCUAUGUCACUGUUCUGCUAGGUGUGAUUGUCUUCUUUGCCUUUGGUAUUCCUUUCAGUGCAGAGGUUUUCCUCUAUCUUCCAAGUUCGCAUGUAUUAUUUCCUGACGAUACAUCUUCUCUGCUGGCGUUGCUAAACUGUAGCAUCAAUCCAAUCAUUUACUUUCUGGUGGGGAGCUGCUGGCAGUGCUGGUUCCAAGGCUCCAUGAAAGCUGCCUUUCGCCAGGUGUUUGAGGAGGAGACCCACAUGCCUGAGGACACUAUGGUGGAGACCACUGUGUGAGGCACUGCUGGUGAGGAGACCUGGAGAUGUGGAGCCUUGCAGGCAGCCUGGGGGAUGGAGAUCCCCAUGCACUUGCUGCCUGCCUGCUGCAAUGGGAUCAAUGCUGCAGCUCUUCUUUGCGGGGGCACGUAGCACAGCCCCAGCGCAGCACUGCUCAGCAGGGCUCCGUCUCUGUGCAUGACAAAGGAUUUGCAGUUGGGUGAGUCACACAGGGGCUGGUCCUGCUCCCACUGGAAUCACUGGGGAAAGUCUUAUUCACCUGCCAGCACAGCUGUGAAACUUCGGGCUAACAGCUGGAAUUAGCUGUUCUAAAAUAAACUUGGCUUUUCUGUCCUCUUUCAGCACACACUGACUUGAAGCUUCUUCCUGUGUCUUAAAUCAAUUAUUUAUCUGA